AUGACACAAGAUAUUGUGCAACCGCAGUUUGAAAGUCCUCCUCGACCUAGUAUUGGUAGUCAGCAUCAACCCUCACUAGCAAUUCCCGAGACUAUACCGCGGGUGAAGUCCCUGAAAUUCGAUAGCCAGCCAUUCUCCGCCUCCUUUAUGGGCCCAAUGGCCGAUAUCAUGUCGUCUAAUUCUAGCCAUGAAGAGAAGAGGCCGCGUGAUUCGAAGAGGUAUAGUGGUCGCGGCCUAACGCUGAUUACCGAGGAGCAGGUCGGUGGUCAAGGGACUGCAGAGUCUCAGGGUCAUCAAGUCCCUGCCUUCCAUCGCCAGAAUGUAUCCGGGAUUGACCAGACAACACAACCUUCAAGUAUACCGGAGAUACAGCUCCCGACAUCUACCGCAGAUAUUGAAACUGUUUCCGCAGUGGUCAGUUACCAAGAUGGCAAGGCGUCAAGGGCCGUUUCAGUUUUUGCAGACGAAAAGGAGAUCGAAAGGGGCCGCCUUUCGUUUGCAGUAUCUGAAGUCGACGCAAAACCAACACCAGAUUCGUCCGUUAUUUCAUCAGCGGACGCCAUUGAUAACACUAAGCAAAUUGAGCGUGGAGGGUUCAUCGAUAACAGUGACCAAGAUCAGGUCGAAGGAAUGCCGUCACGCAAGUUUUCUUUCGAGCAAGAGCCGGAGGAUAGCCAACUAAGAGGCAGUCCUCUCCCUGUGGGAAAUUCUCGGGCUGCUUCUACUUCUCAUGCCACGAACGGGAACACGACCGAAUACAGAUUCCCUCCGCCUGGGGCAGGACAUUCACCCCCUAGAGGAGGCGUAUCAAAUCCACCACACGGGUAUCAAACUCACCCAGCUCACGCGCAAACCUGGGCCCAAGCGGAUCGGCGAAGUGUGUCACCGUUGCCAGUUGUCCAUAGACACACAGGUACAAAUGGUUCCGGAAUAUCCUUUCAGGACACGAGCAAGGCGCAUCCUCCGGCAAUUCAGCAGACUAACGUGAAAAAUGCCAAUUCCUACUAUUCCCAAGUAGGUGCCGGAUGCCCUGAUCCUGGUGUGUAUCAACCGCCUAUAGAUGAACAUAAAAAACGGCGCACCAGCCUUGGAUUUACAGGAAUCAUGUCAAAAGUCAAUAUGGUUCGCAAUAAGGGGGAACAAGCUGAUCGGCCUUCAUCUCCCAAACCGAAGAGAAGUGGCAUGAUGUUCAAGGCGUUAAAACUUGAUCUUCUCCAUGGUAAGAACAAAGGUGGUCGCCAUGUGAAUCUGGAUGCAGAAGGCCCUACACCAAAAGCCUCAUAUGCCAGGCAGUACCAGUCGGUAGGAAACCGUGAUGCCCUCCGGAGGGGUAGUCUGAAGGAUAUCCCAAACCCUCUAUCGAACCACGAUACAACAAACGGCUCCGCGCACCACCUUAACACGGGAAUAUAUGAUGGACCAUCUCGUCCGGUCGAUAGGGCAAUGUCGCCAGAUAGGAAGUUUUCGCCUGAUAGGGCUUAUACGCCAGAGAGGACAUAUACGCCAGAGAGAACAUACACGCCAGAAAGAACAUACGCGCCAGAUAGGGCAUUAACGCCAGAAAGAAUAUUAUCACCGGAUGGAAGAUUAUCGCCGGAUAGGACGCGGUCGCCUGAUGGGACGUUUUCACCUAAUAGAACACUUUCGCCUGCCCCAAGCACGAACGGGAAGAAUUGGCAUCACUCGUCGGAGGAUUACCCAGGCCAUGGCACAGCCAAUCGGCCGGGGCGGUUCUACAAGUCUAUCAACUCCGUACUACCACGCCUAACUGAGCCCUCUGGCUCACCUCAAAUCAGCAGACAUCCGUCGCCAUCGAAUGAAGCCUCAGCCGGCCCCAGGGGUGCGAGUGUGAUGCCGGGUGCCUACUCUGGUCCUUCCAGCGCAACAGUACAUUCGGGAUCCAGCUUUGUUUCGAAUCACCACUUCACUUCAACGCCGCCGCCGCUUUCACACAGUAUCAAUUCUCCGACUGGCUCCGAGCAGCACGCCGGCCAUAUGAAUAGGUCCCCUGCACACUCACCACAUACUAUAGACCUACACUUACGUUCUCGCAGCCCGCUUUCCAGGCCUCCAGAUAGCUGCGAUAGUCCUCCACUCGCGUCUAAUACACACGACCCGGCGCAAAAUCUGGGAACGUUCCAUUCAUCUGUUCCACACACUCCGCGUGUAGGUGAUCAAGAGACUCCCUGGACGAUUACGCUCCCCCAAGACGAGCAGAAUCCCCAACCGGCUGUUGCAGUCCAGCAUGCGAUGUCUGCCUCUACAGGGAUGCGUCACGUCAGCGCCGAUGCAGCGAGCACUCCACUGCCGCCGCCACCAAAAGCACCUUUUAAUGGUAACGCAUACUCCUAUUUUGAAGCCCACCCUCUCCCGGGUCGUCACUCCACUAAUACAGCUCCUGCUGGCGAAACGUCAAACGGUACGCGCGCCCCUGGGCAAACCCGCCUUGUCCACGUCGCGUCCAUGGAGCCUGUCGAGCUCCCAACGAACGAUGAUUCCAGCGAAGAGAUAGUGAUGUCUAGCACCUCUUAUCCCGGCCAGGAAUGGCAGCCUAGCUACUUGGGCCACUGGGAUUGA